AUGCCUCUCAUCAAUCCGUUCUUCCGCCUGCCCGGCCGCUGGACACGACGCCGAGCUCGAAAAGCACGUAUGGCGGUCCAAGCAAUAGCCAUUCUGGCGAUCCUCCUGGUCGUCCUGCCGGCAUACGUGGUUUACAAGCCGCCUCGGCUUGUGGUCAAUUACUUUCAGCGACGCUUCCCGCAAAUGCUCUUCCACAUCUCGACCGACAGAAAAAUUGUGGCUCUGAGUAUCGACGAUGCGCCGUCGCAGCAUACGUCCCAAAUCCUCGAUGUGCUCAAGGCAAAUGAUGCGCAUGCGACCUUUUUCAUCAUUGGCUCGCAAGUCGCCGGACGAGAGAACUUAAUCGAUGAGAUAGUGCGGCAGGAUCACGAGCUGGGCAAUCAUGCCAUGCACGACGAACCCGCCCUUUCGUUGUCAAACGAUGUGCUCUACGAUGAGAUCAAUGAAGUAGACGGGCUGAUCCGCCAAGCUUACUCCACUGUAGGCAAGCAGCGGAGCAGCCAUCUCUUCCGACCAGGAUCUGGCGUCUUCAGUCAACGUAUCCUGGAUGUAGCCGCGAAGCUGGGCUACAAAACAAUUCUUGGCAGUAUCUACCCGCACGAUCCGUUUAUCAAGUACUGGAGGGCCAAUGCGUGGCAUAUACUGAUCAUUAUUUGCCACGAUAGGCGGAGCUGGACUAUACCUAUGCUGGAGAAAGUGCUGCCCGAGAUGAAGCGGAGAGGGUAUCAGGUUACGACAGUGACAGGGCUGUUGGAGGCAAGUGCUGCUGUGUGA